UUUCUUGAAACAACCGUGUUCUGUUUCAGUGUUUCUAUUUUUUUUUUGAAUCUUCUCAUUUGGCAUGGGCCUAGCCCAUUUUUUCAAAAAAGAAAAGAAACUAAACUAAACCGCCCAAAACCGCCAACCGGCCGGUUUUGACCGGUUCUCUCGGUUUUAUACCGAUUCGUUCGGUUCAUAUCCAGUUCUUUUCCAAUGCGGUUUUGUGGCUAUUUCGGACCGGCCAAGGUUCCGGUUCCCGGUUCAACCGGUCUGACCGGCCGGUCCGGUUUUGAUAACAUGGUAUUUUUGGACAAUAAGUUGGGCCUAGACUAAAACAUUACUACGUUAUUGUACUUGCUGGAUGGGCUUGAUUUCCCUUGUCCAACCAAACACAAAAUCAGACAGACAUAAACAUUGAUUAUAUUAUACAGGGAAGAGAAGGAAAGGAUUGGGGUUUGUUUGUUUUGUUAUGCUGGUAUUCUUUCUUUCUUUCGAGUUGAAUUUCAAUUUAUGGAAUGAAUGAAUGAUUGAUGAUGAACCUGAAGUAUAAUCAAUGAGAUCAAAAUCGGGGAGUUGCAGUUGCAGGUCUUUCUGUUUCGCGCUUAUUCUUCUUCUUCUUCUUAAGGUCUGUUGAAAUGGUCUGUUAUAAUUAUAGCUCUGUCAAUGAAUCUCAUUGUUUAGUCCUUACUAUACGACUACGUAUCACGAAAUGCAAUUAGCGUCAAACAAUGACAAGGAAGAGUGUUCAGAAACCGAACCCAUCUUGAAUCAGCAAGCAUCAUCCAGAGAAGACUCCUCCUUCUCCUGUGAAAUUAUUCCUGCUGCCAACAACAACAACGAUUUACAGAAUGUUCAUGUUGUUGAUGAGACUUGUCAUCUGGUAAAUGCAGAUCAGCCACAAUGCCGGAUAUGCCUCGAUAUUGGAGGAGAAGAUUUAAUUGCACCGUGCCAUUGCAAAGGUACGCAAAAGUAUGUCCAUAGAUCAUGUCUUGAUAAUUGGAGGUCUACCAAGGAGGGCUUUGCUUUUUCUCACUGUACAGAGUGCAGAGCUGUCUUCAUAUUGCGUGCAAAUGUCCCACCAGAUCGGUGGUGGUUGAGACUAAAAUUUCAGUUCCUUGUUGCCAGGGAUCACGCAUUCAUUUUCAUAAUUGUUCAACUGGUUGUUGCUUUCUUGGGAGUGCUUGUUUACAAAUUCUACGGGGAUGAACUGAGAGAAAUGUUUGGUUAUGAAGAACAUCCAUAUGGAUUUUAUACAAUGGCUGUUCUAGCCAUUGUUUUGGUGGGUUUGCUCUAUGGCUUCUUCAUAGCGAUAAUAUGUGGUCAAAGAAUCAAUGAGCGCCACUACCAUGUUCUUGCCAAACAAGAACUGACAAAGGAAUAUGUGGUAGAAGAUCGAGAACAUGGAAAGAAUGUGCCUGAACUUGAUCCGAGCCAUGUGACAGAACUAAGGAUGUUGGGCCUUUACUAGUUGGCAUAUGCACAUCCCGUUCUUUCUCAUUAAAGUUUCAGUAAUGAUACUUAAACACCCAAACAAUGCGGAUACUCCACGGACACUACACCACAUACACUUCAUUUUUAUCUCUAUCUCUCUCCUCAUCCAUCAUAUAUCUAUUACUUUUCUCUUCCUUUCUCACUCUGGGUGCUUGUUUGGUGUCUACUGUCUACCCUAUGCGUUUGUCUACAAAUCAUUUUCCCUUAAGUUUGUACCCUUCUGAUUUGAAACUGUCUGGAUUCAUGUAUCCCAUAUUAUCCUUGUACGGUCAUAUCUAUAGCAAUUUGCAGAAGGUAAAUGUUGCAUGCUUUUUGUUUCUAUCUCUAAUUUCAUAAUGGAGCAUGGCUAUGCUGAUGUCCGUUGUCUAAAUCAUCCUCAGCCAUGCAUCUGGAUCAAAUCAUUUACACCUUGACUGCAUUCUUGUACAUUAUGGCACCUUAUAAUCUGUAUUCCAAUGUUCUUGAUUCUUUGCGUACUUUAUUCUCUAUAGUUCUUUUCUUUGCAUCAUUGCUGUCAAAUGAGCCCCUGAAUUACUCUUAUAACUCCAGGAUGCAUCUUCUCUCCUACCGAGUCACCUUGAAUUUGUUGUAUUUGCAGCUUGUCUUCAUGGUCUCUCACAUAUGUAUAUCAUGUUGGUCUGUUAAGUGUGAUGUCCCGUUAAUAUGGCUGUUUGAGCAGCAAAAGGUGCACACUACACAACCACAAGGGGUGGUUUAUCUACAACACCCAGUGUACUCUAUGUUGAUUCUUUAUUUAUAAUGACUUCUUUUACAUCCAAUGUAUAAAAGAAAUAUGCUUAUUCAACUAGAAAACUACUCUUGUCUAUCAAUGUUGUAUGAUGGAGUACAAAGAGAAAACAUGGAGAUCUUAUAGACCUGCAACUUCUGCAUAUUUGUAACUGUAACUUGUACGUCCUUAUGUAACCCACAAUCACCUUUGUUUUGCAUUUUUGUUCAUUUAUACAUAUAAAAGAAUCAAAUAUGGAGUUUUCCUCUCCGAGUUUUAAAUGUAA